AUGGGAAAAUUCUACAGAUUGCCGUUUGCCAGGAGGGCUUUGCAAAGGCGCCAGCAGAGGGAGUUGAUGAAAGCUCUACAGCAACAGCAACAGCAGCAGCCAAAACUCUCAGGUUGGGGCAAUGUCAGCAAGCCUGCAGGUACCACAAAAUCUCUUCUGGAGAUCCAGCAGGAGGAGGCCAGGCAGAUGCAAAAGCAGCAGCAGCAGCAGCACCAGCAACCAAACAGAGCCCCAAAUAAUAUGCAUUCCAACCUGCACACCAGCAUUGGGAAUUCUGUUUGGGGCUCUAUAAAUACUGGUCCUCCUAACCAGUGGACAUCUGACCUAGUCAGUAGUAUUUGGAGUAAUGCUGACACUAAAAACUCUAACAUGAGAUUCUGGGAUGAUGCAGUGAAAGAGAUGAGACCUAGGAAUUCAACAAAUAAAAAUAAAAACGCCAGUCUCAGUAAAUCUACAGGUGUGUCUAACCGGCAGAAUAAGAAAGUAGUAGAAGAAGAAAAGUUGCUGAAGCUCUUUCAGGGAGUAAAUAAAGCCCACGACAGAUUUACCCAGUGGUGUGAACAGAUGCUUCAUGCCCUUAAUAUGGCAAAUAACCUGGAUGUUCCCACAUUUGUUUCUUUCCUAAAAGAAGUAGAAUCUCCGUAUGACGUCCACGAUUAUAUUAGGGCCUACUUAGGAGAUACUUCUGAGGCUAAGGAGUUUGCCAAGCAGUUCCUUGAGCGUCGUGCCAAACAGAAAGCUAACCACCAACAGCAGCAGCAGCAGGACUCUGUGUGGGGGAUGAAUCACAGUACACUCCAUUCAGUAUUUCAGACCAAUCAAAGCAACAACCAACAAUCCAAUUUUGAGGCUGUGCAAAGUGGCAAGAAGAAGAAAAAACAGAAGAUGGUCCGAGCAGAUCCCAGUUUGUUAGGAUUUUCAGUCAAUGCAUCAUCGGAGCAACUCAAUAUGGGUGAAAUUGAAACUUUGGAUGACUACCGAGCACCUGCAAGUGGACUGGCCUUCCCUCUCCUGUCUGCUGACUAUGGAGUCUCCAAUUUUGGACACAACACUUAUUCACCAUUUACUCUUUAUCACUCUGCAAUAAAUCACAGAACCGAUCAUCUCAGGCUUUUUCUUCUAGCCCAUUAUGUCCAAGAUUCUUUAAACUGUUUUUGUUGGUGA